GUAAUUUGUUAGCCAAAACUGAAAUCAUUCAUCGCUACCUUAUUUUGAUGAAAAGGUUAAUCGUGUGCCCGUAUAGUGUUCACAAUUAUAUGUACCUAGGGAUGUUAAAACGGGCUUAACAUUUAGGGCCGGUCCUAGCCCACUAAAUAAAUUAAAAGCCCUAAUUAAAUCAAAGUAGAGAAAAGGUUUCGGGCUUCAAUGGCUUAAAACUUUUUUCUUUUCUUAAUUGUUUCUUUUUUUUUGUUUUUUCUUCGAUAUAAAAUUCUCUUCUUCUUCUUCAAACGCUCUCUUCUUCUUCUUCUUCUUCAAUCUUUUCUUCGAUCUCUUUCUUUUUUAUCUCUUCAUCGAUUGUGAGAAAAGUUUUGAUUUGUCUCUCUAUAUCUUUCAUCUUUCUUAUUUUUACACUUUGAUAGAUUCUCUAUUUUUGGAAUCUGAUUCAUAUGUUUGGGGUUUAAUAGUUUCAGCUCAAAGAAAUCUGGGUUAAAGUGUGUUAGUGUUCGUGUGUUCUCUAAAGGUGAUUCUCUAAAGGAAAAUCCUGAAGAAACCAAUUGUAACUUGUACACUGGGAAAAUAUAAGUGUUCCUGAGGAGUAAAAGAGGGGAAAAAGAGAAUGAGAAUAGUCGGGUUAACGGGAGGCAUAGCGUCUGGGAAGAGUACAGUGUCUAACCUCUUCAAGGCUAGUGGCAUUCCCGUUGUUGACGCUGAUGUUGUUGCUCGAGAUGUAUUGAAGAAAGGAAGCGGUGGAUGGAAAAGAGUCGUUGCAGCUUUUGGUGAGGAGAUUCUGCUUCCUAGUGGAGAAGUGGAUCGGCCAAAACUCGGUCAGAUUGUGUUCUCGUCUGAUUCCAAGCGUCAACUUCUAAACAAGCUGAUGGCUCCAUACAUAUCAAGUGGUAUCUUCUGGGAAAUUCUGAAACAAUGGGCGAGUGGAGCUAAAGUGAUAGUUGUCGAUAUCCCUUUGUUGUUCGAAGUGAAGAUGGAUAAAUGGACUAAACCUAUUGUGGUUGUGUGGGUUAGUCAAGAGACACAACUUAAGAGACUGAUGGAGAGAGAUGGAUUGAGUGAGGAAGAUGCAAGAAACAGAGUGAUGGCUCAGAUGCCGUUGGAUUCGAAAAGAAGCAAAGCUGAUGUUGUGAUCGAUAAUAAUGGCUCUCUUGACGACCUUCACCAACAGUUCGAGAAGGUUUUGAUUGAAAUUAGAAGACCAUUGACGUGGAUCGAGUUUUGGCGUUCAAGGCAAGGAGCCUUCUCGGUCCUUGGUUCAGUGAUUUUAGGAUUAUCUGUUUGCAAACAGCUCAAAAUUGGCUCUUAACAUUUCACUUCUGUUACUGCUAAAAAACUUGUUAUAAUCUUAAAGCUUUGAUUUAUUAUUCUCUUGCUCUCU